AUGACUGAAUCUGAAAGGAUAGAAAGGAUAUUGAAGGGGUUCGAUCCGGUUUUACUGGAGCUUCUCAAAACCUUUGACACAAGCUUUGUAAUCGAUGGCGAGGGUGUUGGAAUCGGUCUUGACAGUUGCGUGGUGCCGCUUCGCCACAAGGGUUUGAAUCUCGUGCAAACAACAGAUUUCUUCUAUCCGUUAAUAGAUGACCCAUACUUAAUGGGUCGUGUCACUUGUGCGAAUGUGUUAAGUGAUUUGUACGCGAUGGGUGUUGUUAAUUGUGACAACAUGUUAAUGCUACUUGGAGUUGCUGUCGAUUUGAAUGAAAAGGAACGUAACGUCAUUGUUUCAAUGUUCAUUGAAGGAUUUAAGACCGUUCGUUGUCCUUGGCUUCUUCUGGGAGGUGUUGCGACUAGCGUUGCUUCAGAUAAAGAAAUUAUAAUGGUGGAUCGUGCAGGACCUGGAGACGUGCUCGUUUUGACAAAACCUCUGGGUGGUCAGAAGAAUGGACGAGUGGAGGAAUAUGGCCUUGAUGAAAAGAAGAUCAUCCGUGCCUUUCAGCAAGUCACUGAACAAAUGACUCGAUUGAACAGGAAUGCUGCAAAAAUGCUCCAUAAAUUCAGUGCUCAUGCUUCCACGGAUGUGACUGGUUUUGGAAUUCUUGUCAUUGAGUACAUGGAUGAAAUCGCCCGUAAGAUGCCUAAUGGGAACGGCUUCAAUCUUUUUGGAGGUACUGCUGCUGAGACCAGUGGUGGUUUGUUAGUUGCCCUCAGUCCGGAGAAUGCAGAGGGCUUCAUUAACGGUAUGAAAUCAGCGGAUGGAUUUCCAGCAUGGAUUGUUGGACGCGUUGAGAAGCUCGAGGAAGGAACGAGCCAUGCGGUUAUUGAUAAAGAAUUCAAAGUGGUAUCUGUACCCUCCGCUAUACACAACUGA